AUGAACUCGUUAAACCUCAGCAAUGAAGCAUCCUCAACCUUGAUAAAGAGAUCAAGCGGCGGUAAAAGGGAGAGAAAGGAGUCUCUCAGAUGUCAACUUUCCUGGGAUUCAGCACCAAGCUUAGGCUCAAAAUCCAAAGCAACCAAACCAUCCCGAAGGUCAAGCAUCGCCACCACAACUAGAAAACAGCGCUUGCUUUCCUUGGACUCGCCACCAAACUCAGGAUCAAAAUCUAAAGCAACCAAACCAUCUCGAAGGGCAAGCAUCGCCACUACAACCAGAAAGCAACGCUUGCUUUCCUUGGAUUCAAGAUCAGGCUCGACUUCAACGUCCAAAGCGUCACAACCAGAAUCAACUACCACCGUCCUCAGCUCCACUGCCAAAAACCAACUCUUGCUUUCCUUGGACUUCGCACCAUGCUCAGGAUCAAAAUCUAAAGCAACCAGACCACCCCAAAGGGCAUCCACACAACCAAAAAUUACCACAACCAAAAAGCAACGCUUGCUUUCGGUGGACUCUGCACCAUCUCUUAUUGGUUCGCGAUCCAAACCAAGCCGAAGGGCGUCCAUCCAAUCAAAUGUCACUACAGCGAGAAAGCAGCGUCAGCUUUCCUUGGAUUCCACGUCUUUGGAAUUGUGCCCCAAAGCAACUCAACCAAAUCGAAGGGCAUCCACCCAAUCGACUGCUACUAAAACACGAACAAGCGGAACACCAGCCAAACCAGACCGUGCUCCCAAACGAAGCGUCAACAGAACCAAGAGUCUUGAUGUCACAAUGAGCCCGAAAGCAGAACCAAACAGAGGCAAUCUGAGCAAGCGAUCUUUCUCCGCACCAUUGUCACCACUGGGACAAAUUUUGGAACACAACAAGGGAAAAUCGAAAGUGAAACGCCGCUCGGCUUCUACCGAUACCCUUCCAGUUGCACCCUUGACCAGCCGUUCAAAUUUGGAGAAGCCAAAGAAGAUACUUCGAUUUCAUGAUCGACUCCGAUACAAGAAGAGUGUCAGCUACGCCAAGGUCGAUGCUGACUCCAUCUGGUACUCACCUGCCGAGAUCUUGGAACUUCGUGAAGAGGAGCAAGAGGUACAACGCGGUUUGGCUGUCGGAUAUGCACGCGCCUGUCGAGAUGCCAAUCUCUUGAAUGUCGAGGGUUUGCUCACGGCGAAGGAACGACAAGCCAUGGCUCUGCGAAGAGUCGAUUCCAAACAGGCUGUCGCUAGUUUCCAAGCCUCACGAGAAGGUUACAUGCAAGUGGACGAUAUCAUAGCGAAAGAAUAUGCAAGCUAUUCCAACCAAGCCAGCCGAGCUGCUCGCAAACGAGCAAAUCGUCUUUCAUCUCAUGUGUAUGCUCUAUGGAAUCCAUACGAAGACAAUAGUGAUGAUGAUGAGACCUGGAAUGAAACUGAAAUCGAGCCUUCCGUGACGGUGGAGAUGCCACCCUCAGUCAUGCAAAAGCGCUCCUCUCUCAGUUUCAAGUUACCAAGAACUUCGUCGUUAUCCAGCACGUCCACAGCUCUGACAUCACGCACUUCGUCGACAAAAAGUUUUGGAGACGAUGGUGGGGAAAUGGAAGACCAACCCACAGGAGUAUGGUACUCAUUCCGUCGGCGCGUGCCCAGCUGUUCAGACAUGUCUCGCAGCUCCUAG